AUGAUGUUUUCAAAUCUCUCUCUGUGCUUAUUGAUCUUUGGCACACUAUUGAUUGAUGGUGCGUUAUCGAUUGUUCUCGAAACCUCAGGAGGUAAAGUAAAUGGAAAUCAACUACGUCAACAUGACGCUGAUCUCUACUCUUUCAAAAAAAUUCCUUUUGCCCAACCACCAAUUGGCUCUUUGCGUUUUGCAAAACCAGUGAAACCGAAUAGUUGGGACGGCAUUUUGGAUGCUACAAAAUAUGGCCCAGCGUGCCCACAAAAUAGCACAACAAGCUCCUACCAUCCAGAUUGGAUUGAUGAAGAUUGCUUGCAUGUCAAUGUAUUCACAUCGAAGUCAUGUUUGAUGAGCAGAAAUUGCUCGGUUGUUUUCUACAUCCAUGGUGGAGGCAUGAACUUCGAUUCUCCUGUAAUGUUCGAUGACGAAUAUCUCUUCAAAAACUUUGCUUCAAAAGAUGUUGUUUUGGUUUUAUCUGCCUUCCGUCUUGGGUUCUUAGGUCUCCUAGGCGUACAAGAAGAAAUCGUUCCGUCAAACUUGGCAGUGUAUGACUUAAUCCAUGCCCUAGAAUGGGUGCAGAAUGAUAUCCAUUAUUUUGGUGGAAACAAAAGUGAUGUGACUUUAUUGGGACACUCCAUGGGUGCUGGAACCAUUUUGGCUAUCUCGUUCUCGAAGACCAUUGAUCCCCAACGGAAGUUGUUCCAGAAAGCCAUUGCAAUGUCCGGAGAUAUUUACCUCGACAAGAAGAGCACUUAUGAAUACAUCACUUUGGCAUUCGCUAAAGAAACUGGGUGUCUGCCUCAAAACACGACAAUCGCAGUUCUGAACAAGAAACAAGUUGCUUCUGAACUUGUGAACUGUUUGAAGAACAUGGAAUGGCAAGAAAUACUGAGAGCUCAACGAACAGUGGAAGAGAAUGGUAUGAAAUUGCAAGGCUUAUCAUUCGGAGGAGCUCUCUUCCCGGGGCAUAACAUGGACGAGUUUCUGACUGAUGCUCCGGCUGUUGACAAACUACUGAUAGGUUCUACUUCUCGUGAAAUGGACAGAACCAUCCCAUCCCAUGAGGUUCUUGCUGCUGCUUAUAUGGCUCAUGAAAUGCAUUAUGCAAAUGCAAUUGACAUCGGAAAAAAAUACGAUUCUGACGUUAUUCAUGGCCGCUUAGAUUUCUAUCAUUCCAUUGAAACACAAGCAAUGUUCUUAUCUAUUCUUAGCGCUGCAACGAAGCAGACAGAGGCCGGAGCAAAUGUCUUCUUGUAUUCGUAUACAAACCCUACACAUCCAUACCAUGUGGACUAUUUGUCAUAUCUUAUGGGUGUCCAUGCGUUCCAGCCGGAUGAGAAUGAAGCCGUUUUAGCAAAACUAAUUCCAGACUUGUGGAUCGAUUUCAUCAAGAAUGGCAAGCCCAAUCAAGAGUGGAAAGCGUUCAAUCCUCACGUAAGGAACUAUUACAACUUGAACGUGAAUCUGACUGGAGGACUUACGCCGAGCAAUAAAAUGUUUUUCGAAAAAGCCGUCUAUGAUUAUUGGACCGCAGAGGUAAAGAACUUCGAUGCUUUUGUGUCGAAAGCAGGAAGUGUCAAACAGCAAGUCGAAAAAAAGAUCAACGAAGGGACGAAGUUGAGGGAUAUACUACCAAGAGCUGCUGAGUAUGUGGUAUUAGAUAAAGACGGUAAUACAGUCUUAGAUACGGACAUUGCAAGAAGUAAAUCCUUUGGAAGCUAUGUCUGGGAUGUAAUGACAUAUAUGGGCUUCACUGCCUUAGGCUUUGUAUUCGGAUCCAUCUGGGCUGCUAAGAGACAACAGGAAGAGUUUCUCAAAUUGAAUGACAAAGUCCCACUGUACAAUACGAUAAUGCAUUGA